AGUUCCCAGAGCUGGUGGACCACGGGGUGACGCUGCCCCCCAACAUGCAGGGUCUGACGGAUGAACAGAUUGUUGACCUGAAGCUAAAGGACGAGUGGGAGGAGAGGUGUGUCCCCAGCGGGGGACCUGAAUUCAACAAGGAUGAGAUCGGAAGGAGGAACGGACACGGUGAGUCCAGAGGUGUCAAAGACCACAAUAAACAUACCAACCAAAGAGACAAAAAACUCAUCUCUAAGAAACAGGCGGUGGCUGGUGUGUGUGUUACCAUGGAGAUGGUGAAGGAGGCGCUGGACCAGCUGAGGGGCGCGGUGAUGAUCGUUUACCCCAUGGGCUUGCCGCCACACGACCCAAUCAGGAUGGAGCUGGAGGACCAGGAGGACCUAUCAGGAACACAGGUAGGUAAACAGCAGGCCUCUUCCUGGGUAGUCACAUCACCACCGGAUGGCUUCCCCAUAGAGAACAUCUAAGUCCUUCUAUUUAUUAAUGGA